CUGUUCACAAGUGCUGCCAGGUGGAUCAACGCCCUCUCCUCCAGCUCUCCACAGGCCCCGUUAGGGAAUGUGUGUGAGGUGGGCAAGCCACUUGAGGAAGAGACCAGAAAGGAGAAUAAGGAAUAGUAGCUAAAGAGAAAUGGGUGACUGAAGCUGUUUAACAGUGGAGCUUUGUUCCUAGAGAAGCCUUUUGGCAGGGCAGUGUGUGGGCUGCUGUUUUCAUGACAUCCCCUGGUUCCACCUGGCUCCACCAUUCUGAAUGACUCUCCUUGUGUUGCAAAAGAUUGAGAGAUGAUGUUCCUGUUGACCUUUUCAGGAGAAUAAUUGGGAAGUAUAGACAAGAUGAUGCUCUGUGGUGCAGGUUUUUAAAUUUCUUUUUUGGGGAGGUUGUUUGAUUUAUGGUGUUACUAAAGAAGGUUUGUAUGGAGUUUAAAAUACUACAUUAAAGCCUAUUCUGCCUUCACUUUUUUCUUUUCUUUUAUGAUGGCUGGUAAAAAAAAAAAGGUCAGCUACGGGUAACUAAAAUAUCCUAGAUAUGUGAAGGCAGUGUCCAUUUUGAUUUUGUUACUGACUUAACUUUGAUAGCUACAGAAAGAGCAUGCAAAACUUAAGGGUGGCAAAAAGCUGGUUGAUGUUUGCACAUGAGACAUGUUGUAAUGUAGUGAAGACUGUUUGAGAUCAGCCUUGUGGUGACUUGUGUGGCUGCACAUAGCUAGAGGGAAAUACACUGUUUAGCAAGAGUUUAUACGAAACAGAUGGAUCCUUAUCUAUUGUAGAUGGGAACCCUUAAUAGCAGGUGAAGGCAUAAACUGAGUGGGUUACUGAGCCUUUAAUAAUGAGCAGAGCCUACACUCAAGCCUCCUAUGCCCUUUGUUAGGGCAGGUACCUUGACAGAAAUACAGCCAGAUUUUAGUACUCAUGGGAGCUACUAUUUAUAUGUCUAUGUAUAUAUGAUGAAAACAUUCAAAACUAGGAAAACUUCAAAAAUCAGGCAUAAUUUUAUAUUUUAUUUGCUAAUGGAGAGUUUUAUGAUGCUCUAUGCAAGGAGAAGAAAUGGUUUAGCCCAAAAAAAUGAAUACAGGGAAGGGUGAAAGCUCGUUACCACAGCUGCUCUUCUGAAAUACUAUCGGUACACAAUGUUGCCAGCUCUGUUUUCUAUCAACAGAAACCACUUGAAUGCCCUCAAAAUGAAUUAAUCUCUUUUAUUCUUUAAAAUCAAAUUUUCAAUUCUAUUUUUCUGGCAUACCUCUAAUGUCUGAUAUUAUUUUGUAUAAUCUUAUUGCCUGCAGCUAACUAGAGAAGAUAGAGUUUUGGGUGUAUUGGAUCUUAUAGAGUCUCAUAGGUAGCUCAGUAAUUUGUUGGACCUACAGAAAAAAAACCACAACUGCCUGUGUCCUGAAAAGAAGUUUGAGCCAAACAAUUUUUCCUGGAAAUGGCAGAAGGUAGUCUGUGUAACAAAUGAAACAGGAGGUCUGCAGGGCACCCUUCAGGCUGAGUUUGAAAAAUGAAAAUCCUAGACCUGGCAGGGGUAAAAGAGGCUCAGACAAUUCACCUGAGGUAAUUGCAGAAUGUCUGGAAAUGAUGAAAUGAAAACCAUCAUCAUCUACUUUUCUUGUUUUGGGAACAGUGGGCCACCCUGCAGAUUGAGGAGGGAGUAAAAAAGCAGAAGGCGAUGGCACUUGAAAAUUUAAUCUCCACUGGGAUCAUCCAGAGAGAUGAGACUCCCAUGGAGAAGGAGGUUGUGGGCCGAUGCCGAGGAUGUUUCAGCCUUGCUGAUGUCAUGUACUUCUCCAAGAAGGGCUGUGAGGCAGUUGCAGAGGAUGAAGUCACUCGACGGUUCUCCUCUGAGGAGCUGCUGUCCUGGAAUCUCCUCAGCAGAACCAAUGCCAACCUGCAUCAUGUCAGCUGGAAACUGGCUGCUGUGUGGGUCACUGGCAUCCUAAUUCGGUAUUGCCUCCUGCUGCCUUUCCGCAUCUGCUUGUCUGUUUUCAGCAUCCUGUUGCUGGUGUUGGCCACUACUGUAGUGGGACAGUUUCCAAAUGGCAGAGUUAAAGGCUGGCUGAGCAACCAGGUCCAGAUGAUAUGUGCCACCUUAGGUGUCCGAUGUCUGAGUGGCCUUGUUCAUUUCCAUAACAGGGAAAACAAACCACAGAAAGGAGGCAUCUGUGUAGCCAACCACACAUCUCCAUUGGAUGUCCUAAUCCUGGCCAGUGAUGGAUGCUAUUCCUUGGUUGGCCAGGUACACGGAGGGCUUAUGGGACUUAUUCAAAAAUCUUGCAUGAGAACCUCUCAGCAUGUCUUGUUUGAACGCUCGGAAAUGAAAGACCGUCACCUGGUGAGGAAAAAACUUAGAGAACACAUUGCAGAUAAGGCCAAGUUACCCAUUUUAAUUUUCCCAGAAGGCACCUGCAUUAACAACACAUCUGUAAUGAUGUUUAAGAAGGGGAGCUUUGAGGUAGGAGGGACCAUCCAUCCAGUAGCAAUCAAGUAUGACCCCCGCUUUGGAGAUGCCUUCUGGAACAGCACAAAGCAUUCCAUUAUGACCUAUGGUUUUAAUGUGUUAACCAGCUGGGCUAUUGUCUGCAAUGUGUGGUACCUGCCACCGAUGGUCAAAGAGGAAGAAGAAGAUGCUGUUCACUUUGCUGACAGAGUCAAGGCUGUCAUUGCUGCUCGGGCAGGAAUGUCUGUGCUUCCUUGGGAUGGAGGACUGAAAAGGAAAAAGGUCAAAGAGUCUUUCAAGGAAGAGCAACAGAAAAAAUAUUGCCAGAUAGUAAUAGAAAAUGGAUCUGUGGGAAACGGAAAUGUUUGUUAAAUGCUAUUUAUUUUAUCUCAUUUUUCCAUGACUUAUCUCUACCAGAAAAUAGACUGGCUUUAUAUUAAGCCCAACGUGUUUUCCUUCUGUUCCCAUAAGAUAUUUGGCAUGUGACACAGCAGGGAAACAAUAAAGAAAUAUCCUUAUUUAAAGCAAAGUACUCUAAUUUUAUAAAUAGGAAAACAUAAAAUAUGCUAAUAAAGUUCUCCCUGAUGCUGAGAAGAAUCUACAGUAAAAUUAAUUAUGUUCAUUAAAGUAUGACUUUAAAAUAUUUGCAAUACCUUGAGGACUUAAAUGGUUACUUAUAAUAAAUCACCCCUGUACUGCUAGACUCUCUCAGCAACUUAGCCUAGCAAUGCUCCUGUGAGCCACAGUAACCAUGUUGCUCUAGAGAUAGAUCUCCUGAUGUCAAAAGACAUGAAGCAUUUCACCAAAAUAUGUUUUCUGAAUUGCAUGUUGGAGAGGAAGUGUUUUAUGUCAGAGGGAAAAAGCAGAGGCUGACUUUCUCCUCCAUGUCACAAGACCAGGGAUGGCAUUGUAGAAUAUUUUCUGCUAUGACAAAGAGCAGAACAGUGUCCAGGGCAUCAUGUCCCUGAUGUCUGGGUUUGUGAAGCUGAGGUAAAUUAAACACAGCCAAGGACAGUGUAACAGAAAAUAUCCUGUGUUUUUAAAUCAUAUCUUGUGGUUUUGUUAGAUCCCUUUUUGAGUCUGUUUGUGUGCAUUACACAAAUUAAAGAAAGCCUAUGAUGUGACAUCCACUGUCCUCUGCUGCUGUUAUUUCUAGAUAGCUACUUGCUUGUGUUACCACUGGGUGUGAAGGCUGGGGAUUUGGCCUCUGACAAGCCCACCCUCCAGGAACAGAGCAAGUGCUCUUAAGGAGUAGGCGGUGGGAAUAUUCUAUAGUCUCCUAUAGCAUUUAUUGCUAUAAAAUAUUUGCUCUCCUGGUAAGUAGCUCUCAUAUCAAAGGAUCAGUCUUCUUCAACCAUCUGAAUGUCCCUAAUGAAACACAAAAUAGCUGCUGUUUUGGCCAAGGUGCCAAAGCCAGACCUUGGUAAGAACAGUUAAUAAUGUUUACAUGACAGCAGCCCAUUGGCUGAAGUCUCAGAAAAGACAGAGGAUCAAUCUUGGUGAGCACAAAUACAUGCUAUAUACAUGUAUUUGUAUUUGCACAAAUACAGAGGGACAGAUGCACAGAUACAACUCUACCCAGCCCUAGAGAGUCUAGAAAAACAAUAUCCCAUGGAGGGGCUAACAGUAGCACAGAACUGAGCUCUCCUCUUCUCUGGCCAGGCCUGGCAUUGCUACAGGUGUGUGAAUUUCUUUGGUGAAUCAGUCAGUCUAAGUGCUGGUGUCAUGGGUAAGCAGUAGGAGAAUCUGCCCUUUUGCACAGCUUUUAGCCAUGCAGGCUAAAAGGAAAGCCACCAGGCAGUGAGGAAAAUUGCCUCAGGCUCUCCUGAUUUGGAACAGGUCUACUUACUCCCAACUAUAGUAAGAUGUGCUUCCGUGCUGUUUAAGCUGUUGAUUUUAUUUUCUAGGUAUAGAAAUGUGAAGAAAUGUGAUUGAAAAUCCUGAUAACUCUCAAAUGUUUUCAGUGUGCCAGAGUUUUAAACUGGGAGAUUGUCUUUCUGUGUGACUGAUUUCUGAAAGUUGUUAACAGAGACUGCAGUAACAGAAAUGUUGAGAGCAUUCUUCCUGCACUACUCUGUACUUUCUUUGUUCUCAGAGGUAAAAUGGGAGACUGAAUAGGCAAAAAGAGGUGCCAGACACAGGAAAAUAUGGGGAGAUAAAGAACAACUGCUGGAAGAGAAAUUUUCUGCUUCUAUCAGAAAUUAGGAGAUUGAUAUGCCUUUUUGUCCUGUCCUGCAACCCUUCUCCACCUCAUCAAGCAGAGCCUUGGAAUGUGUGAUCCUCAUUAUGGUUAUGAGUCUAAGUUGUGUAAAAGUAAAGCUCAGACCUCUGAAUGUAUGAGUAUUAUGUAUCAUUUCUGAGAGGAUGGUGGGAUUGUCAGUAUUUUCUCAGUCAUUUUUUGGCUGUCUUAACAAAGCAAGCUGAAAACUCUGUGAAGUGGGUACUUACAUAUAGAAUGGGGAAAUAAAACCAAAUGAUGAACCCAAGAA